UGGGCGGCUGCAAAAAUGGCCACCCUGCGCAGUAUCUGGUCUGCCUUAAGACCAGAACUCGCGGCCUCCUCAUCCUCUUCCUUUUUCUCCGAAGAAAUUCUGCUUUAUUAUAAUCGUUGGUUCGUGAUAUUAAAUGUUCGAGGCUGAGCCUUGUUCCUGUUCUUUGUCUGUUUGCUAGAAGUAUCACUCCAGUUAUUCACGAGAUAUUCUACACAAACCGCAAUCAUGAGGACGUCAGCAUUCAUCUCAGUCCUCCUGGCGACAAUCGUGUCAGCACACAGCGUAAUUACCUAUCCCGGCUGGCGAGGAAACAACCUCAUAACCAACGCAACAUUUCCCUACGGCAUGCAAUGGAUCUACCCAUGUGGCGGUCACAAUGUCACGACAAACAGAACAUACUGGCCCACAAGAGGCGGCGCUGUCGCUUUCCAGCCCGGCUGGUUCCGCGGCCACGAGACAGCCUUCGCCUACGUGAACAUGGGCUUUGGCGACGACGGACCUGACGGCGGCCCAGCAAACAUGACACAGCCCGUAGUCCCCAUGUUCCAGAUCCUUGGUCCCACCAACAAUCCCUUCCCCGGAACGAUUUGUCUCCCUCAGGUGCCUCUACCCAAGAACACGACCGUAAAGGCCGGUGACAAGGCUACAAUCCAAGUUGUAGAACUCGCCGUCCACGGCGCAGCUCUGUACUCUUGCGUCGACAUCAUCUUCGCUGAGCCAGGAGACAAGAGAAUCGCCGAAGUUAACGAGACCAACUGCUUCAACUCCACCGACAUCGGUUUCGCAGAGAUCUACACCAUCACGACCAAACAAUCCGGCUCCGACGCCUACGUUAGCGAAUCCGGCGCGACACAAACCCUGCGCCAGAUGAACCUGGCAGGCUGGCUACCGCUCGUGGCAGCGGGUGCCUAUGCCCUGCUUGCGUGAUUGUGAGACCGAUAUGAAGAAAAAUGUACAAAGCAUAAUGAAUGGCGUUUUUACGGGCGGGGAAUUUUGGUAUAUCCCUGGGUUUAUUUGGUACUAUUGUUAUAUCCCUUCAUUUUAUUUUAUAAUGUUGCGGUUGUCCUGAGGGGACUAAGAUAUCGCACGUGGUAUGGUGUUGGAGGAGCUUUAUCUGCUUCA